UGCGUCACUAGCUUGCGACCGAACGACCGCUGCCAUUUUGACGUGAGAGGGAAGAGGAACUCGACACAACAACUGGGAAACAGUUCGAUCGUUGUUCUGCCUACUCAGUGACACUAAACAAGUAUUUCAACAUGGCUAUGCAAGCGGCGAAACGCGCUAAUAUACGAUUACCCCCUGAGGUGAACAGAAUCCUGUACAUCAGGAACCUUCCCUACAAGAUCACAGCUGAGGAAAUGUACGACAUCUUUGGGAAGUACGGACCGAUACGGCAAAUUAGAACGGGGAACACACCUGAAUCAAGAGGAACAGCCUAUGUGGUGUAUGAAGACAUCUUUGAUGCCAAGAACGCCUGUGACCACUUGUCAGGCUUCAACGUCUGCAACCGUUACCUGGUCGUCCUCUACUACAACGCCAACAGAGCUUUCCAGAAGAUGGACACAAAGAAGAAGGAGGAGCAGUUGAAGCUUCUGAAAGAGAAAUACGGCAUCAACACAGACCCUCCAAAGUAGCAGUGUGUUGAAAGCCCCCUUUCCUUUUUCAUAAUCCAGAAUUUAUCUUUUUCAAUCUUUACAUGUUGUGUCAGGGCACUGAUUGAUGUGUGCCGGUCACAAAGAAUCUUGUUUUUAAAUAUUCACUUGUCAGUUUGAUCUUUAGGACAAGGAAUUCUUCAGCCACAAACAAGUUUUACCAGGAUAUCGAUCAGUGACUGGUCAAAGUAUUUGCCUGCGGUUCUUUAUUUCCUUUUUUCAGUCUCUUAUUUCUGCAAACUUAAUUUAAAGUUAACCAUGGCCUCCGAUGUGCGAUAUGAAUUUGAGUUGCUCAGUAACGACUAUGUAGAGUGUAAGGUUUCUGUAAAAUAAAUGUUCCUUUUCUAAAA